UCGGCGUGUGUUGGUGCUGCCGCCAGUGCUGGGGGAACGAACGAUUGGCGGACGCUGCGUCGAGUUAGAUGCUGAAGAGAUCUCAACCGUCAGUUGCGCGGUGGCCACCGUACAGAGUGUUACGGUUGAGGGUGUCACGGUCUCUGUCUCAGUCGCUUCGAUACCUUCUUCUCGCUUGCUCUUGGACCGAGUAGAGUAGAUUUAUUUCGGUGAACGAGGAAAUGGUAUUUCUGUGACCGCGAGUCUCAAUUUCGAACAGUGUCAACCAGGCUUCGUUGCUAUACAUUUUGCGGUGACCGUGAAAACUUAUCGAGUCUGGAAUGUUGGAACGCGAAGAUAGAGAUGAACAACUUGGCGAAAUUCGUUGAGAAUUCGGUGAGUCGUUCGCGCGAGCAAUUAUCGCUUGGAUAGAGGAAUUCCUAAAUUACGCGAUGCUCGAACUCGGUUCGCGAAGCGCGUCGAUUUAAACGCGAUCAUCUCGAAUUUUGCUCCGUUUCUCGCGCGCGAAACGUCGACUUCCCGGUCAAGUGUUUCGCGAGGGAUUCCCGGCGCGCUGUGGAUGGACCUGUCGACCGAGUGAAGUGUGAUUUUUCGAGUGCAAAGUACUUGGAGGUACUCGGUGAAACGUGGCGUCGCUCGGUUGGGAAGAACACUCGUUGCUCCGAACACGUAAUCGACGAAAUUUGAGACUGUCGACGUUAAUCGGGACGAUCUCGACGGAAGACCCGGAACAAUUUUCGUAUCGAUUGCACGAGACACACAUGUUAGUCGGUCGGAGCAAAUAUUGGAGAGCGUAUACGAGCGACGACAGCGUGCGUUAACAACGAAUGCAGGAAGCGGCGGAGCGGUGUGUGAUGAUCAGAAGGAGCGGAAACGAGGAAAGCCAACGAGCUCGGUAAAGAUGCGUGGACUCGGUGCUCCGAGAGGGCACGGGAGAUCGGUGAGGCUGUCGUUGGCCUACUGCUACUGUCUUCUGUUGCCGGUGUGCCACGUGCUCGCGGUGACCAGCGAGCUGCCGCCGAAGCUCGAUUUGCCCGAGCACUGCUCGUGGGACUCUCGGCAAGACGGAUCAGUGACCUGCGUGCACAGCUACUCGGACAAUGGCUUCCUGAAAACGAACUUUUCUCAGGCGACGAGCGAGUACGUGACCUCCGUGAAUGUCGUCUGCGAGGAUACCGAAACGUUGGAGAACGGAGCGCUGAACGUGGACGGAUUCGUUCAGUUGUGGAGGCUGCGCUCGCUGAGACUGACGGGAUGCAAGUUGGCACACUGGCCGGCCAAGGUUCUUUGCGGGCUGCGAGAUCUUCGCAAUCUGACCGUUCGCAGCCUGAACGGACGGAAGAGCAAGUACAGCCUGGAGCUGGAGAGCGGCGCAUUCGACUCGGUGCCGCAGAUCGAGAAGAUCGAUCUGUCGUGGAACAACAUCUGGCAGGUACCGGAACGCUUGUUCUGCCCGCUCUCGAACCUGCUCGCAUUGAACAUUUCCUGGAACAUGCUCAAGGACAUCGGGGAUCUAGGAUUCAGGGAGAUGGCGGAGAAGCACCCGAGGCGCCUGCAGGAAUCGACGGCCGCGCCGGUUUCCUGUUCCUUGGACGUGCAGACGCUGGACGCGUCGAAUAAUCAAAUCUUGGUUCUGCCCGACUACGGGUUCUCGUCAUUGAAACGGCUUAGGGUGCUCAACUUGUCGAGCAACGCGAUCUCCAGGGUAGCCGACGAAGCUCUUCACGGACUGAGGUCCUUGGAGACGUUCGACCUGUCUGGAAACAGAAUCGUCGCGCUACCGACGGUCAUGUUCCGCGACGCGGCGAAAUCAUUGAAGGAAUUGCGAUUGCAAAACAAUUCGAUCAGCGUGCUGUCGCCCGGGCUCGUGGCCGACAUGAAUCAGCUCGUCGCUCUGGAUCUAUCGAGGAACGCGCUAACGAGCUCGUGGCUCAACUCCGCGACCUUUUCCGGACUGAUUCGACUGGUGCUCCUAAACCUGUCCCACAAUCGAAUCAGCAGAUUGGACCCGGCCCUCUUCAAAGACCUCUACACCCUUCAGAUAUUAAAUUUGCAGUACAACGAGAUAGAAACUAUACCGGCGGACACGUUCGCGCCGAUGAGUAAUCUGCAUACGCUAGAUUUAGCGUACAAUCGAUUAACUUAUCUGGACGCUUACUCCCUGAACGGACUGUUCGCACUUUCUCUGCUUUCGCUCGACUCUAAUCAGCUCGAAGGAAUUCACCCGGAUGCCUUUCGGAAUUGUUCCAGUAUGCAGGACCUGAAUCUGUCCGGGAACACCCUGGACAGCAUACCUGUCGCUCUCAAAGACAUGAGAAUGUUGCGUACGUUGGACCUCGGUGAGAAUCAGAUCAGAAGCCUGAACAGGCCCGGUUUCCGAGGAAUGUCGAGCCUGUACGGAUUACGUAUGAUCGGAAACGAAAUCACCAACGUCACCAUGGAGGAUUUCGCCGAAUUGCCCGCGUUGCAGAUAUUGAACCUGGCGCGGAACAGGAUCGAAGCGGUGGAGGACGGCGUGUUUUCCGCGAACCCGGCGUUACAGGCCAUUCGUUUGGACUCGAAUUUGUUGCAGGACAUGUCCGGCAUAUUCGCGAGCGCGCCCGGUCUACUGUGGUUGAACAUGUCCGACAACAUGAUCGUCCAGUUCGAUUACAGUUACCUCCCGGAGAAAUUGCAGUGGAUGGAUCUGCAUAAAAAUCUUAUUAUGGAUCUCGGCGUCGCGCCACAGGGCAUGAGAUUACAGAGUCUCGACGUGUCGUUCAACCGGCUAACGAGGAUACACUCGAGGUCGAUACCGGAUUCCAUCGAGCUUCUGUUCGUGAACGAUAAUCUGAUACAGACCGUGGAGCCGCAGACAUUCUUUGACAAGAAGAAUCUAACCAGGGUGGAUCUUUACGCGAAUCAGAUCGUACGGAUGAAUCUGUCCGCGUUUCAGUUGACUCAAGUGCCGGCGUAUCGACAACUCCCGGAGUUUUACAUCGGUGGCAACCCCUUCAUAUGCGACUGCACCACCGAGUGGCUGCAAAGAAUCAAUUCGCUGUUGCUGAGACAACACCCGAGGGUAAUGGACCUCGGCUCGGUCUACUGCAGGCUUCCUUACGAUCGACACAAAUCGUUCAUACCGUUGCUCGAGGCGAAACCGUCUCAAUUCCUUUGCACGUACAAGGCGCAUUGCUUCGCGCUCUGUCAUUGCUGCGACUUCGAUGCCUGCGAUUGCGAGAUGACCUGCCCGGCCAACUGUACUUGCUAUCACGAUCAAUCCUGGUCGGCGAACGUGGUGGAUUGCUCCAACUCGGGAUACAAAACUCUUCCUGGUCGUCUUCCUAUGGACGCCACCGAGGUUUACCUCGAUGGAAACAAUUUCGGAGAAUUGAACUCCCACUCGUUUAUCGGCCGAAAGAACCUGCAGAUCCUGUACGCGAACGAUAGCAACAUCAUCGCUAUACGUAAUCAUACCUUCAGUGGUUUGAAACGUUUGCUGGUCCUUCAUCUGGAGAACAACAAGAUAAGCGUGCUUAACGGCGUGGAACUGAUGCCGCUGGAGAAUCUGAAGGAGCUUUACCUGCAGAACAAUCUGCUGACGUUCAUAGAUAACGGGACGUUUCUUCCGUUACGUCAGCUGGAGGUGUUGCGACUGGAGAACAAUCGACUAGGCACUUUCGCCGUUUGGCAGCUCGGCCAGAAUCCGUAUCUGGUGGAUAUCGGGCUGUCCAGCAAUCCUUGGAGCUGCGAGUGUUCUUAUUUGGACCGCGUGCGCGAGUGGAUGUCCCGCAACCGGGCGAAGAUCAGCGACUGGAGGACCGUCACCUGUUCCCUCGGCAUGCCCAUAACUCAUCCGGCAAACGGAUCGGUCAUAAAUUGCGCGGCAUUAACUGGCACGAUCUCGGCCAUCGAGACGCGACCGCUCGAGGCUUAUCUACCGCUCCUGUUGGCCACCGCCGUGCUGAUUUUUGCCACGGUGGCGCUGGUGUGUGGCGCCUUCAAGCAUCGCCGCACUCUAAGGACAUGGGCGGCCAGUAGAUGUGGUCUGCGCGCAUGCUACAAGACAGCCGCGUUCGAGGAUCAAGAGAAACCCUUCGACGCUUACAUUUCCUACUCAGCCGUGGACGAGGCGUUCGUCUCGACGAUUCUGGUGCCUGGUCUCGAGACAUCUUACAGAUUAUGCUUGCAUUAUCGAGACCUAGGCGCCGGGAGCAACGUCGCCGACGCGGUCGCCGAAGCUGCCGAUUCCUCGAGGCGCACCAUUUUGGUAUUGUCCAAGAACUUUCUGCACGGCGAGUGGUCCAGGUUCGAGUUUAAAGCGGCGCUCAGGGACGCUCUGAAAGGAAAGGGCCGCUCGGUGAUCCUGCUCCUGGUAGGCGGUGUGUGUCCACGAGAUCUCGACGCCGAUCUCAAAAAGAGAAUCACGUCGCACACCGUGCUGGUGUGGGGGGACAAGUUGUUUUGGCAGAAGCUGAGGUUCGCCAUGCCAGACGUGUCCCCUGUUCCUGUUUUGGAGAGACCCCUGCCAUUGCCGCCUCCGCCGCCGCCCCCGGCGCAGCAUCAAUGGACGUAGAACUGCCAUUAUUUAGCGGCAGCGAAAGGAACGACGAAGGCACGAAUCGUCCGCGGAUAAACCGGGCAGAUUCAAUCGGCGAAAAAUGAUUUUUCCCGUCGACGAACCUGUCGAACGUCGAAAACGUGUUUCGCCUUUGUAAUUACGCGAACCCGGGCGUUCGUAAUGUUUCACUGGGAGAAAAAUGACGGUAAUCCCGGCCAAAAGGUAGUGAAACGAGGAAAAGGAACGAAAAAGAAAAGGGGGCUGUCUCGAGGUGUCUACCGAUGGAACAGGUAGAUCCUGCGUCUGUGAACCCAUUCGUCGGCCUAUGCGUUUGUACCUGACAACGGGUGGGCCGAAUUUGGAAGACAAACGGGAUUACCAUCGACCUUGGGUGCAUCUUUUUCGACUCGAAGGGACGUUAGAAAUUAAAAGAGGGUUCGUAGCGUCGGUUUCUCUCUUUUCUUGUGAGCGCGAUCCUCCCCGAUGGGUGGUCGUUCCGAUGCAGCGUUUAAACGUGACGGAGACGGAAGUGUCCGUGCGUUUCUCAGCCUCCCUUCGUCGGAUUAUGAAAAUCAGUCGAUCUCUUUUCGAACGAGAAACGUGCUCUCGAACGAUCCGCUUUCGUAAGCGAUGAUAACUUUGAGUAGAUUGGAAAUGCACCUUGCGACGCACCACAGGAAAUGAAUACUUGCGAUAUCUAAUCGAUUCGGUGACAAGCAUCGAGAGAUAUCGUACUCUUUGGCAAUAAUUGGCGUUAAAUUCCGAUGGUGGCAAUUUUGUCACGAAUACUCAACCAGUGCUGUUGUAAAUUUAUAAAAAAUGAAAUACGAUAUCUAAUCGACAGGAAAUAAGCAUUAAUAAAAGUGGAAGGGUAAUUUUGUUGUACUUGUAUAGAUGUUGUUUAGUUUUCACUCCAAAAACUAGAUUUGUUGUAUAUAAUAUAAUAGUUUCACCUGUAAAUACGUUUUACAUUAGACGUAAGGAUUAUAAAUUAUAAGGGCUAUGUCUGCAACUCUCAGGUAUAUAAAUUUAAUUACUGUACCUCAUUUAAACUAUUAGAUCAUUUAAACUAUACAUCUAUUAAAUUAGAUGAAUCUCAUUUUUAUUUUACGUUACGAUAUAUUCGAGAGACAAGGACUGAUAAAAGGCAAAAAUAUGAGCCGUUCACUGCACGAAUCGAUUAACUCCACUAAUCGCAUAAAAAUUGUAACAUUACUGGCGAUUGGUUUUUGGCUAUUCUUUGGUAAUAUUUAUUUGAAUUUAUAUUAUACAGGGAAUUUUAAAAAAAACAAUGUACAUUAUUUCAUCGCAUUUGUCAAUCUUUUGUUUUAUGGAGUAAUCGAUUUGUGCAAUGAACGGCUCAAUUAGCCUCUGCGUACUCAUACUUUAUAACGAUAGCACAAAUUCAACCAUUCUUGCACUUUGUUAGUUAUUAAGGUAUGCGUACACAAAGGAAACAUCGCAAUGUUCCAACGCGUUCCUCUAGUUCUAUUUAUUAUAGUUUUAAAUACUCUUCUAAUUGUACACUUCGAGUUACUUGUUCGAUUACUAAGAUAGGAUCGAAGAUGUUACAAUUUCGGAUAGGCUCGUUAAAAUCUGACUAAAAUAUCUAUUGUAACGCGAUGGCACGUUUGUCAAAGACCCAUCAUUUUUACACUCAGUUAAACUCUGCGAUAUUUUCGAGUCUAGCGAGUAUCAAUGUGUUCGCCAAGUAUCAAAUGGUUAUCGGUUCUCUUUGAUAUCUACACGUUUCAUACUAAUCGAUACCAGAUUAUCAUUGACGGUCAGUGGUAUCGAAACGGUAUCGUUUCUAUCGCCAAACAGCAAACGAUAAACGCGAGAACUACGCAGUUCCUCUGUUCACUAAUUUCUGGUUAAACGUCAUUUUUUCCUCAACGUCUCGAGUCCUCCAUUACUCUUUUCUCGCCCAGGGUGGCGUUUCACGCGCGGUUAUGUAUUUAGUCACAGACGUCGAAGGACGCACUCCAGAAUUAAUUGAAAGAAACUGGCGGCUCGUGUCGCUCCUAACUCGUUAGAAUUCUUUGCGCGCAUUACGCAAAUUGCGCGAUAAACUUUACGAUCCGUAGUACGAGUCCGGACCGCGUCAUGGCUCUAAUUACACGCGCACCAAAAGAAUAAGCGUCGGUACCUCUAAUAACACGGGGGUGGUUCGGAUACCAUCCGUAUAUGCGUAAAGAAAACGAAGCAAAAUUCUAACUGCUCGCGCAAAAAUGUGUUCUGCUGGAAAGACUAAUAAAGAACGAAAGAAAAAUAAUUGAAAAAACAGAGUGGUUUCAUUACUCUCUCCACCAGACCUCCGUUCGUAUCCGUGGAUUGAACUUAAAACCCUCGUAAAUUUCAAUAAAUCCAUUAACUCGGCGCGCAUUUACAUAACAAAGGAUGAAUUGAAUCGCGCCUUCCGUCGACGUCGAUGAAACCGCUGCAGAUAAUAUAUCAUCGGUGGGAAAAAUAUCUGACGAAUCACGGCUCAUAUGUCGCGAUCGAAGACAAUAAAAUGAUCCGUUCACGCGCGCCACCGAAGAAUCUUUCGGUAUAUAUCGACGUAUCGUGUCAAUUCGAAUCGCGGACGUGAAAGACGGUUGGCUUGACGUAUCCGCGUAUCGACAACCGUGGCAUUACAUAUCCGAGAUUGGCGUAUCAAUCGUCGCGUCUGCGUUGCAUUGUCCACCGUCUCCAGCGAAAUGUGCUUCCGUAGCCGUAUCCUCGAACAAACGGUGCCCUCUCGUUGUCAGUUCGGCGUUUCACGAGGCCACGGAGCCGUUCUCCUUAUCCCGCGACCCUUUCCAAACGCUCCGUCCUCUCGUCUCGUCGGUAUUGUACGUUUCUUCGCCGAGAAACCCUUCCGAAAGCAGCUCUUUCAUCGGGCAUAAAUGUAACUCGCGGUACCGCCCAACGAAACUAGUCGAACGAACCAUCUCCGGUGUUCCUCGUUCCUUUUAACGCGUUCGAGACCGAUGACUCGGCCUGUGAGUCGCGCAGCAUCCCACUCGUUUGGCAGAUGACGCGGCGUAUGUCAAAUAUCGUACGGAUACAAUAUUUUGAAUGACGACUACAAAAUAAAAGUUUAUCGAUCUCAAUUAUUGAACUGCCACAGUCAACGAAUAAAAGCUUCGCCGAGUUAUUCAUUGAAAUAACAGGACUAUGUUAUAGUAACUGUGAGCUAUUCAAUUGUACGAACGUUGAAAAUGAAUUGCUAUACGCCGUUUUAACUCGUCAUCUAUUAUUGCAAUAAAAUGCACGUCUCUGCCGUUAUCCUAGGCGCGUUACGCCUGCAUGACGAAUCGCGUUGCUCGAACGAAUGGAUGAAUAACGAGCGACGAUCUGGAGUGCGAUUCUAUGGCGCUCUUUCAUUGUUCAACGCGAGGGCGAUGGACUUUGGUAAAUGAAAAUCUGUGCCACGGAAUUAUUGAAAUUCGACAGAUUCGGGAAACGUGGGCUUUUAUUUUUUGUACACGGUAAACUGUGUAGAUAAUGUGUAGCUUUCGGAUAUUCGUCAUGGUUGGAAUUUGCGAUUACGUCGCUUUUUAAGCGGACUGAAAUAUUCCAAGAGAUUCUUCGAAGAUUGCAAAUUAGCGCAGGAGAAGGUGGGAUUCGAGAUAGUAGUACACGAUACCAAGGUUUCGUAUACUGGACACCACUGAUAGCUGAAUGCUUGGAAACUAUGCGAUGAUAAUGCUUAUAACGCAUUCCUACAACAGUUGGCAAUGUUUGCUGAAAGUUCGGUGUCUAAUGACUACCCAAGUGUUGAAUACAUUCUUCGAAUCUUAAUUGAAACCGAAUUACUCUCGUACGUACAAAAUGUCACGAGGCCUUUGGCGAAGAAUAUUGUUUGUUGUAUAGGAAUUUAACCGAAUGGUUCCCCCGAUAUUUAUCCUAAAAAAAAAAAAAACAUCGACAUUCCACCGACAAAAAACACCGAGUUGCAUGCCGUGUUCUAUUAAAAGCAGAAAAAUUAAUUACAAAAGUCGUGUACAUUUCACUGUUUGCACAUUCGAUAUCCCGCCUACUAUCGUGUUUCUCGCAUUACUCGUUAACGAGUAAAUCGGAGCUUCCGGUGCGUCGAAUCGCUAAUGAAAAUAGCAGAGGUCUUCCAUUAAAUGUUGCCCUCCGGGUAAAAUAAUAACGGAAGCCCCGACCGGGCGUCGCGGUGUGCGGAGCUCGCUGCUUUACGACACCCAACGCGUUCUCGGAGAGAUUCGACUAAUCUUAUCGAACGCUUAGCUACACGCGGACGGCACCUGCAUCCGCGCGCAAUAUUUGAACAGCGAGAAUUUUUAUGACGCUUUUAGUCACGGGACUGGGUACGACUGGUCAUGCAUCGCCGAGAUUGUUUUCCCUCGAGUUCCUCGUGCAAGAACACGGGUCGGUUGCCUCUUUGGUGAAGUCGUUAACAGACUUAUCUCGGUAGCGUGUUUGGUCAAUUUGGAAAGCGUCUCUUCCCUUCGGCGCUCGACGAUUCCUGUCGCGCCGCCCGCGCGGGCUAACUUCGUCAUCGGAGAGCUUCUUGCGUUUUACUUAAGAGCCACUUCCACUUUUAAUACGCGCUUCGUGCUUCUUAUCUUAUCGAACUUCUUUUGCCCCACCCAGCUAACCAUUUUUUAUUACUUCCAACUUCCAUUCCUCUCACGGCUUUAAGAAGGUCCCUCGGUGCUUUGAACCGCGUCGCAACGAAGUUAACGGGGACGAACGUCGCGUACUUGGCGAAAAUUUCAUACGACUCUCGGCUUUUUCAUCGUCUCGCCGGGCUCUUUCAAUUUAUACCUCCUUCGUUACCUCGUUCGCGAGAAUAUCGUAGAUGUUUGAGCGAAAGCAUCCCGAUCCAAUGGUCGCUCGCGGUCGUUGACUUAUUUCCGACUCGUUUAUAACCCCUUCGGUCCGAGAUCCUUUUUCUUUGGGUGAUUGGAAUACAGUUCGCUUACCUGGUCGAACGCUUUAUAGUAAAUAGAAAUCUUUACGUCUUAGCUUCAUUCUUGAAUUCUCACCCACUAUUUAUUCAACACAUGGAUGAUUGUUUAGUAUUUUAUUUUGCAUUAUUUUAACUGUACUUGUU